AUUUUAUAGAAGUUUUCAAAGGCAGCACUGCUGCUAUAUUGAAUCGCGUAAUGCAUGUGAGACUGCCAAAGGCGUUCCACUUGUUUCUUUUUUUAUAACCGGAUCUUGAAAAACAAAUUUGUAAACGGAUCUUGAAAAACAAAAUACUUGAACAUGGAAACUUAUCGGAUCCAAUGAAGAAAAUCUAAUCUCUUAGGAAAUAUAAAACUUUAUAAACAGAAAGAAUGGCUACUACACUCGCCUUGAAUUAAAAUUUAGGCAAAAAAAAAACAGGAUGUUAUUUUGGAUAUGAUAUUCAUCGCGUCAGCAAAUUAGGGGUGGUGUUUAAUUUCGUUUGGUAAAGAGUAUUCCUCCCUGGUGUUACAAUCAGGUAUAAAUAAUACAAUCGUAACGCCGCGACAAUUUUAACUAAGUUUCGCCAACGGUCUUCAUCGAGUUAUUCCCGCCAAUAGUCAGAUAAUUAUCGUCUGUGGUAUCAUCAUGGAAGGACGCGGUAAGUUCGUCUCGGUUUGGGCGUUGAUUCUCUUCGUCGGUCCGUCCAUCGUCAGGUUUUCUGGAGUGGAUGCGACGACGUGUGGAUGCCCACCGCUAUGGACUGGCUUUGAUAGCAAUUGUUACAGAUACUUUUCUUCAGAGAACAUGACCCAGUUUGAUGCCGAGCUAGCCUGCCAAACUUUCACUACGCCAGGUUCUAUUGGUCAUCUUGUUUCUAUCCAUUCCCAAGACGAGAUGGACCUUAUCUCUGUCAUGUACGAGACACUAAGACCCAAAAGGCCGGGGCGAGGCACACGGGUGUGGAUCGGCCUACACGAUCGUGCUCUGGAAGACUCUCCAGAUUGGACCGAUGGAACGCAAUACGAUUAUUCAAACUGGGCACUUGGCCAGCCUAACGAUCAAAAUGGAGCAAAUGAUUGCGUCUUCUUUUCUAAAUAUCACCUUUACAAGUGGAAUGACAUUGGAUGCAGCGUUUCUAGCCUUGUCGAAGCUUUUAUCUGUAAGAUUCCACAGUGGUAAAUUUGUGUACCAACAUACGCAGCGAGGAGAGGGGGGAUGCAGGGUGACAACUAAAUUUUGAAAACUCAAAAUUUGUACAGAAAUAUUUCACAAGGUUGACAUAGACUGUAUAUAUAUAUACACGGAAUCCUUCAAUUUCUCUUUUAAAAAUGCAAAAGUUCCCAAAUACUAACAAGUGCAGUCGCUUUGCUCCCUCGCUUUUGGUUUCGUCAAAAAUGAUGCUUGAUGCACGUACAUUCUGCACCCCCCUGAAAAAUAUAUGUAUGACCAUAUGUAAAAGUAUGGUUUAUAGGCUGUACUGAGGAUUAUACACUGACUGUUGGUAAAAAAAAAUGGCUGCAUGUAUAUGAAUUUAUCAGCUAGUUGUAAUUGAUAUUCUAGUAAUUUAGGUCCUACUGUUUUCUAGUCUCAUAUCUCACUGAAUACAAUCAUGUAAGAAAUAUGAACUGAUCUAGUCAAUUUGGCAUAUCAUGUUUUUUAGUGUUUUAAUGAUGGCGACUGUCAUAGGAUGUGCAAUGUAGAUUAAAAGUAGGCGUAUCAAUUUUCAGGAAUCAGGCAUCAAAAUGUCCCGAAACCCAGUAGGCAUACAUGUUGUUUUUAUAACAUUUCCAAAAGGCUCAAAAUUUGUUAAAGAUGUUCUAAUAUGUAUAUUGGUACAUUUCAAUUGAGGAGGGCAGAAUGGCAUAAGGGGACAGGGAAUUUUCUCAAAAGCCGCAAAGCGCAAAACGAGCGAGAACAAAAAAAUAAUUAUAACCUUAACAAAGCGGAAACCUAUUUUAUGUAAGAGAUUCUGUCCUCAUAAUGACCGUAAAUCAACUUCAUAGUUUAGCUUUUCGCCUUAUUUCUUUUUUUUUCAUAUCAGUCUAGGCAUAUUGUGGGGGAGGUGGAGACUUCCACAAGCCAUAGCUGUGUGCUGGUGUUAGCUAUUACUAUAAAAAAUAGUUGUUCUUGCCUAGUAAGACCUCAGAAUCUCCCACAGUUUAUUAUCAUUCAUCAUCAUCCUAAUCAUCCUCAAAAUAAAUAGGAUAGUGGUAACAAUA